AUAAACCCGUCGGUCUUGUGCGAUUGAAGAAGUGGCUACUAAGAAAAAGUUAUAUUCUUGGUGGUGUCUCCGGCUGGGUCGUGUCAAAAUAGUUCCAAUUGGCACAGGUUUAUAACUGGAGUGAUGGCUAACGACAAUCCUUGGUUAGGGCUUGAAGCCGCGUACACCAUGUGCUCAGCUGAUGCACGCUACACCAAUAGGCACCAUACACUCCACAGAUCGGACGGCAAACAAAGCCAGACAUGGAAUUUAAGCAUAUAUUUCAAGACCCACUUUUCAAACCUUAUUAACUGCCCUUGCAACAACAGAGUGGCACUCGGAGAUAAUACGAUGUUGGAGUCCCAUCGCUGACAGUAGGACUUGGGAAAUCAACACUAGGACAGGUUGACUCAGUUCAUUCAUGAUCCACCACUGGCACCAUUUUGACGCAAAAAAACCAUGCAAUCAAGGUAGUUGGCAGGGAACAAUUCAAGCUAUCAUAAUGCUCCAACUACGCCGGAACUGCGAAUACUGCGACAAGGACCUGCCACCAUCGUCAAGAGAGGUGCGCAUAUGUUGUUGCGAGUGCACCUUCUGCGCUGACUGCGCGGAGACAAAACUAGCCAACGUCUGCCCUAACUGCGGCGGCAACUUUGCUCCGCGACCAAUCCGGCCAUCAAAGGAAUGGCGCACUAGUCUAUGCCGAGCAAAGCAACCACCGUCGGAUAAGCGUGUUCAUUUGAAAUGCAGUAUUGAGGAUGCUGCUUCGCCCACGGCGAAGGUCAGUAAAUAUAGUCUAUCUUUAUCUUAUCAACAAAUAAAGAGAAAUUCGAUUGUGAGCUUCCGGUAGAUGUGAA